CUUUCGACGGAUAAUAUCCCAACAUGGAUAUAGAGCUCCGCCACGUCUUAACCAUCUAUAGAACUGUCAGAAUGUUACCUCCGUCUUUUUAGGCUAAUUGUAGUUAACCCUGGCACAAUGGCCUCAACCUGCCAAUCAAUAUCUAACAACACGACUGUUACACCUAUCCUGGCCGUGAUUCCACAGCCUUACUCACAACAGAUUAAGGGCAAAUAAAUGCGCAAUGAAAAAUUAUAGGCUUCGAGUUACCUCGCCCUACGGAUUUACGAUGCGGCUUUCCUGAAGCAGGGACCCAUGAACCCCCGUGUUAUGAUGCCAUGAGCCCACUUGCGUGGCUAGAACGACGGGAUCGGCUCUCACGGCAAGGGAUCUAUAUAAGCACCAUGGCAGCGCCGAGGAAAAAGUGAGAACUGGUUCAUUCGUCGUCAGGCACCAAGCAUCCAGUUUUUUUGAGGAUCGCUCAGAAUCCUCUUAAGACAAGCCAGCCAGAUAGACAGACAAACCUCACACUCAGUUAACCAUGCUCGGCUCACUAGCCCUCGCUGUCCUGGCAGCCGCUUCGACGGCCUUCGCCUCGCCGCUCGAGCUGAUCACACGCGAGCAGCCCGGCACGGGCACCAACAACGGGUUCUACUACUCGUUCUGGACGGACGGCGGCGGCAGCGUGACGUACAACAACGGCGCGCGCGGCUCGUACGACGUGUCGUGGAGCAACGUGAACAACUUCGUCGCCGGCAAGGGGUGGAAGCCGGGUGCGUCACGCGUCAUCUCGUACAACGGCACCUGGAACGGCGGCAACGUCAACUCGUACCUCUCCGUGUACGGCUGGACGCGCAACCCGCUCAUCGAGUACUACAUCGUCGAGGCCUUCGGCACAUACAACCCGUCGACGGGAGCUCAGAAGCUCGGCUCCGUCACAAGUGACGGCGGUACUUACGACAUCUACCGCACACAGCGCGUUAACCAGCCCUCAAUCGAGGGUACCUCGACCUUCUACCAAUUCUGGUCGGUCCGUCAGCAGCACCGCGUCGGUGGAACAGUCAAUGUCAAGAACCACUUCGAUGCUUGGUCCAAGUCUGGCCUCCAGCUCGGCACCCAUGACUAUCAGAUCCUAGCCACGGAGGGUUACCAGAGCAGUGGAUCGGCGCACAUCGAGGUCUUUGAUGGAGGCAGCAGCGGAGGUAACGACGGCGGUAACGGCGGUAACAACGGAGGUGGCAAUGGAGGAAACAAUGGUGGUGGCAACGGAGGCGGCAACGGGGGUGGUAGUGGUGGCUGCUCAGUCGCGAAAUGGGGCCAGUGUGGUGGCCAGGGCUACAGCGGCUGCUCGACUUGUGCUUCGGGAUCAACCUGCACCGCCCAGAGCCAGUACUAUUCCCAGUGCCUGUAAGGUGAUCUGCACUUCUGAUGUAUAUUCUUGUACAGCUGUGCCAGUCUUGCACUAGCUAGAUGAAACCCAGGUCACGGCCAACCAUCUAGGUAUAAGCAAGAUGGCACUUAUCAUGAGAAAUGAAUGAAAGUAAAAAGUAACUUUGAAGUCUUCGAAUUCUGGUGCUGUGGAUACGCUGAUGAUCCAGCAUGACAACGACACUUUGGGCUCGUGAAUAGAGCUUGAUCGCUGAUGGUCCAAGUAUCGCUCUAUAUGACCUACCAAAUUAUAUAGUGAUACUAUGCUGUUCACAUUUGGAACAGAUAAUAUGCUUAUCUGUGUCUGUUGCAAUUUUCUGGCUUCUGACACUAUGACUUUCAGGCCAGGUACAGCAGACUAUAUGUCUGAUGCGUCCAGACUUACUGAAGCUAUCGACUAAGCAUUGGCCAAUAUGGUAAUAGGAAGGUGCCUUAACUUAACUACGCGAGGUUUGGGCACCAAAAAUUGUUUUCAAAUGGGGACCCAAAU